AGCGAAUGAACCUGAAGUAGAGCGGUUUUCUCGCUCGCACAUUUUAGGCCGCCAUUACUCUGAUAGCGUAGCGGUGGAGAAGCUAGCGGAGGCAUUGUGUGGUCUUUUUCUUCACUAAAAAUUUGUAAUUUGAACAUUUCUGACACAAAACUGAUUGCGUUUGAGACAAGAGGUGCAAAGCAACUAAGGGUCCUUACAAUUUGUUUUUCAUUUUUCUGAACUGUCAGUAGAUCUUUCUUAUCAAGUACUUAGAUUGCUCCUGAUCUCAUUUGAUUAUCGCUUUCUUAUACUGUAUUCACAGUUUGACACUUUACAGUUAAAAGUUAGUAUGCAGCAACCUUAAAAUCAAAAAUCCAUCAUAAAGAUAAAUUAGUUGAAAUUAUUUUUUUCAGAAUUCAGAGUCACGUUUUUACACCAGAAGUAGUAUCUUCGAUAAAAACCCAAGAAACAGAAAAAGUAGUAUCUGUAGUCUUACGUAGAGUGGUUCCUAUAGAAGUUCUAAGAAAGGGGCAUUGUAUUUACUGCCUGCACCUAGUCCUAGAUAGUACCACAUCGACAUCACGCGUGCGUCUACGUUUUCUUUGAAGAGCCAACUUCUGACAAACAAUUCCAAAUUUGAGAAGUAUGGGCAACAAGAAGAUCAUGCUGUCGCAACCGAGCAAGCUUCUGCGUUUGUGCGCUGCGGCCGCAGCUGCGCAGCUGACGGCUCUCCACAGCAAAUGCGGUGUAAUCAGGUCGUCUAUCACUAUCCUCGUCGAAGCAGCCGCGCCGCUCGGCCCCGGUCGUACUAGUCGAGAAUCACGUCGAAAUAGGGCUAACGAUCGAAAUCCGUCGAAAUACAAGCAAGAGCAGCCUGAAACUACAAGACAAAAUAGCGGAGGGAAUGUGAGUGAUCCUAACCGCCCUCGCACUUCUGCGCGGAGCCACCAGACGAGCAACGCUUCAAUGAUUGGCACCGCCGCUCCAAUUCCACGACCUGAGCCGCUGCGUGGUCAGCCAGCAGCGGCUCGAGCGUGGUUUGAGGUUCCCGCUCCAUCCUUUGGAGGUUCAUCUUCAUCCUCGGCCCCGUACAAUCCGACUCUGACUCCAGUACAACAGAUACAACCGCCAUGGCCGACGAUGGACUACAACAGUGUGCAAGUUGUACUGCAGCAGCAGCAGCUGUAUGCGCGAGUACUAGGGCAGCAACAGCAAGCUUAUGCUCACCACCAGAUGCAGAUGGCGAGCAACAUGAGGCAGCCGCAGCAUGAGAUGCAGAUGGCGAGCAACAUGAGGCAGCCGCAGCAACAGCAAGAGCAAACGGCUCGACCACCAUUGGGAGAGUGGCUGCACCAGGGGCCACUCUGGCCUUCCACUACUAGUACUGUGGGACCUCAAGCAAGUGGAGGAGUAGAUGUUGCAAGUAGGCCAGGGGAAGAACUAGAACGACAGAAACAUCAACAGGCGCACGAUCUUCUCAUGGCAGGAGCUACAAGAAAGGCAAUAAUUCAGUUUCGGAAACAAAACAGCAUGCCGUCCGCCUCAGCGUCAGACGACCGCAGGAGCACGACCACUACUCGAGGCACAAGCGAAACAAGUAAGCAACGAAGCGGAAGCAGCAAGCACAAGCAGCACCAACAAGCUCCCGUAACAACUGGGACUGCUUCUUCGCCUGGGUCGACACCUCAAGCGUCGUCGUACAUCAGGAGCAAUUCCGCGUCUCCCAACAGCGACGAUGUGUCCAUGUUUGGAGAGACAACUGAAGACAAUUCUUCGCGACCUUCCGCGUCGUCAGCGCCGACGAGUUUUACUCAAAAACAAAAACAAAAAGCCUCGGAAACAAGUACAUGGGUUCCCGCUUACGAAGCCUGGGCCGGGUGGGAACCAAAGUUCCUGGUGUCUCCUCAGUUCUUAUCAAAGGAAGAGGUGUCUUAACGUGAAAAACAAAACAGUUUAUUUAAUACAAUUCAGGUACCAUGGCUGCACCAGUCAUGCGUGGAUUUUCAAUUUUCUCUAUCGUGGAUGGAGCUAUGCGAUACGAAUACUUACAAAGUCGAAUAAUUUGCUGCGCGCCAUUUGUUCGUGUCAUGCAUUUAGAAUUACUGCAUGAAGAGAUGUUGAGAUUGGGCAACAUGCCUAUGCCACAAAACUCUUUUCAAUAAAACGUCAAGACACUUUUUUCUGUGAUAGUUGUUCACCGGCGAGAUCGCGAUGAAGAUUGCCCCGAACGACGACAACUACGAGAGAGAGAAACAGCAGGAGAAAGAUCAUCUGGGCGUGCAAAGGGCGUUGCAGAAGCACGCCGAGGACAAUGUCCAGGGCACUGCUCGGCGACACGGCGUGACUGGUCCGCGGCGGGAGCUACAGCAAGUCACGUGGCAACUCGACUGGGAGGACGAUCGAAAUGUGCGGGAUAGGAGCACCUCCGCCGUGAUUAAUUUGCUGGACCGAUUAUUGGCCCACAAGCGACGCAUCACCAAAUCGGCGGAAGUCACCAGCCUGAUGCUCGAUUUGAUUCCCGAAAGCCUGCCUACGAAGUUUGGCACCGACCACAUGAUGUUAUGCAUUGCAAAUAUGUCUGGGUCUGGAAACUUGUAAUGCUAAAAGUGAAUGAGAGCUCUACUGCAAUACGUAGCCAAGCAUGACAAAUUUUUGGGCUCCUUUGUGUUGCGUGUUCCGGAUGGCAAACUGCGUUUUUGCAUGACAGUUAAGAAGACCGCUUCCUGCCCAUGCAUCACAGAUUCUUGAGUCAUGUCAGACAUGCAUGACACGUUAGCAAUCUUCCAGACCCAGACAUUUUUGCAUUCCAUAGAUGUACGAUCUAGACGACUUGGGAUACUACGGCCUCUACGACUUCUAUGGAUCUGUCAGGAUUGAAAUCGUCAAAGUUGAGAUGAUUUGUCAUGCAUAAAAUGCAACCCUCAAAAUGCCUGUCUUGCAGACUAGGCAAGGGAGGCAGAUUGUAAGCCUGUUGCGGGGUAGAAAUAGAGCUGCUAAAGUAGCAUGACAAAAGGCUUCUUCCUUACCCAAACAGCAUUACAAGCUGGAUUUCGGAUCUACCCAAAUUUGUCAUGCGCCGCUUGAAAAUUGGUCUUCCAACUGGUAUCCAUUUUAUGCAUGACAAAUCAUUUCAACUUUGUCGAUUUCAAACCUGACGCUUCCAUAACUUCCUUCACGUGAAAGAGCAGAUCCAUAGUAAAAACUACCAGCAGCUUUGUAAAAAGUCGGGGGCGCAGCAUGAACAUGAAAAAAACCAGCCCCCGCACGCUAAAACCUACGCCUUCGUCAACUUCAUCAACGAGGACCAUAUCGAACAAAAAUCUGUUAUCGUUAUCGGAUUGGAAAUUGCUGGCAAAGGCCAAAUUUUUUUUAAGUUUAGCUACUGACUUAGCUACCUCAAGAACUAGCUAUGAUUUUGAACUAGUUGUGUGCAUUUGGCCAAGCGCCGCGCCGAAGCCUGGAUCAUGUCGAGCCCAUUCUGCCGGACCGUUUCGAGCUGCGCGCCAACCCUCCCAGGUGGAUGCGAUUUGCUCAGCUUCCGGCAGUGCAAGUUGGAAGCUUGUUUUGGGCUCAUAAAGAUCAAUUUGUAAUGCGGACCUGCGUCACAGACGCGUCACGUUUUUGACAUGGAAAAAGUGCUGCCGUGCCCACUGCAUCACACAGGUAGAUGCCCAGAAAUGAGAUUUUUUGGGGUGCUCUGGUUGCCGCCCAGUCGUUGAUGAUGAAAUCUGCCCACCAUCUCGCGGCCACCAUCGUCACCGGGGUCUGACCUGAGAAAUUACGGGAAAUAGGAUGGCACGCGGACUAUAAAAGUGACCAAAAAGUGUCGUAGUCGUUGUUAUCGGUUUCGGCCAGGGCCUCGGAAAUCUGGCCAAUUUGACCAGCAAAAGUGGCCAUUUUUCCGAAGCCUCCGGGCAAACCGAUAACAAGCACCCUUUUUGGUCACUUUUAUAGUCCGCGUGCCCUCGUGCUACGUGUCUGUUAUCGGUUUCGGCUUGACCACCCCACCGUGAUAAAAAUCUGUUAUCGGUUGCGCUUUUGGCAUCGCGCCAAAUCCAACUUUCGCAAAGUAGACCCAUAAACUUGAGCUAGCCACGACCUGAGUCGGACUAUAAAAGUGGCCAAAAAUGGUGCUUGUUAUCGGUUUGGCCUUCUGAACCGAUAGCAGACACCUAAGCACGGUGGCACGCGGACUAUAAAAGUGCCCAAAAAUGGUGCUUGUUAUCGGUUCUGCCGGAGGUCCGGCAAAACGAGGGCACUUUCCCCCCCCAGAAAGGAGGUCCGGAGGGCCUCCGGACAACAAGCAUCCCCCUUGCCCAAAAAAAAACCCAAAGAAACUAGGAAACAGGGACGCCCACAGCUCUCCAAGCACUCCAAAAAGGAGUCCUUGUCAGCGCGCCGCUUCGCCAGCUUGGCGAGCGGAUCGCCCUCGUCGAUCUGCUUCUUCUUUGCCAUGUCGAUCAGCUCGUUCUUACACCCAAACCACCCCCCCUCGCACUGACAGCAGACGCGUCGCCGCCUAUCAGCUUCCGGACAUGCUUUGCAAGCACUCGCAGCCACACUGUUUUGUUGGCGCAGUUGGCAAGACAAUAUCCAGAUCGGACGCGGAGUCUGGCCUGGGGUGACUGCGCGACACCGAACCGGAACACCACCGCCUCGAGAUCCGCCGCGUCAAGUCUGCCGUCUGCUGCCCCAGAAGGAUGACCAAAUGCACACAACGAAAUCAAAAUAAUCAUGACCGAAGAUAGCUACCUCACUAUCUAAUUUUGAAAAAAUUCUCGCUUUCGUUUCAAAUUCUUAAUUCGAUAACGAUAACAGAUUUUUGCUCGAUAAACCAGCCCCCGCACGCUAAAACCUACGCCUUCGUCAACUUCAUCAACGAGGACGUCGCCCGCAUCUUUUCAAAUUUUGAUAAGUGGCUGCCCACUUUCCAAAUUUUGAAAAGAUGCUGAAGGAAACAUCUUUUCAAAAUUCGACAACCCGAACAGCGCAAAUAUCAAAUUUUGAAAAGAUGCUCUUUCUGCAUCUUUUCAAAUUUUGAUUGAUAGGUGGCUGCUCACUCUCCAAAUUUUGAAAAGAUGCUGAAGGAGACAUCUUUUCAAAAUUUGACAACCUCAACAACGCAAGCACUUGCUUUGUUGAGGUUGUCAAAUUUUGAAAAGAUGUUUCCUUCAGCAUCUUUUCAAAAUUUGACAACCUUUUUGACAACCCCUUUGAUGAGGUCUCCCAAGAGGCUAUUAACUUAACCUAAUCCGCAUGGUAUGGUGGAUUUUGAUGAACCUGUUUGGGAACCUCUUUGGUGCGCCUAGACAGAGAAUUGUUGACGAAAGUCCAAGGCUUUGGCUUGCGCUCCAGCUGGCGGGUCGCCAGAUGGUAAGCAAAGCCGUGCCUCUGGCGACAUUUGUUUGCUUGCCUCUUUUGUGGCUCCGAAGAUUGCGAAGAUGCCCCCUCAGCAAGUUUGCGAAUUUUGAAAGCCACGCAGAAGAGUAGGCUGCUCACCCUUUCCGCGGCUGUCGAAAUUUGAAAAGAUGCGCUGGUAGUAUCUUUUCAAAUUUUGGAAGCCACAGAAGACUGAGCUGACCUCCCUUUGCGUGGUUUCUCAAAUUUGAAAAGAUGGUCCUUCUGCAUCUUUUCAAAUCCUGAAAACCACAGCACAGCCAGCUGCUCUCCUCGUCUGCGGCAUGUAAAAUUUGAAAAGAUGCUCCUUCAGCAUCUUUUCGAAUCUUGGCAACCUCAGGACAGAAAACGGAUCGGCUCUUCUGCGGCUUCGAAGAUUGAAAAGAUGCUCCUUUAGCAUCUUUGCAAAUUUUGAAAACCACAGACGCGUAAGCCGACCCCGUCUUCUGCGGCUUCAAAAAUUGAAAAGAUGCUCCUUCAGCAUCUUUUCAAAGUUUGAAAAGCACAGAAGAGCAGGCGACCCUCCUGUUUUGCGCCUUUUGAAAUUCGAAAAGAUGUUCCUUCAGCAUCUUUUCAAAUCCUGGAAACCACAGAAGAGUAAACUGCUCGGGUCUCUUGUGGCUUCGUUAUGGAAAAGAUGCUCCUUCAGCAUCUUUUCAAAUUUUGCAGGCCAAAGGCCACGCGCUUCAGAUUUGAAAAAAUGCUGAAAGGGCAUCUUUUCAAAUCUCAAGAACCACAGGAGAGCACAGCAACUUUUUCGCCUGUUGGUUUUCAGAUUUGAAAAGAUGCGCCCCGAGGUAUAUUUCCCCGCUUCAGCCGUGUCCACAUUUGAAAAGGUUGCGCCAUGAAGCACGAGCCACCUCGUCAGGGGUUGCUCGCUCCUCAGGUCUCCCAGAUCUCUCGACCCCUUUGGCUUCUCGGACAGCUGUGGUCUGUGCGCGCCUCCCUAUUCUACCUAGACCUCCCAUUCCAGUUGGCUUUUCCGGGUUUCCCAGCCUACGCCGCCUGUCCUCAUUUUACUGGGCGCGCGCCAAGUCCUGAACCGCUAGGGGUUUGGGAAGCUGCGCAGAAGAUGCGGCGGGCGUUGUUUCCGAAUCAGGCCCAAGCCAGGCCGGGGCAGAUAAGAGGGGAGGCGCAGCCUUUCGCUCGGCUGCGCUUUGUCGAGGGUAAAUUGGCCGGGGGCAUUUUCCGCGUUUGUCGCUAUUGCCGGGUGCCUUUCCUUACCUGCGCAAGCAGAGGCGCGCUCAGGGCCCAUGGCCUCAUAUGAUUGGGAGGCUCGUUUGGGUGGCUUUUCUCUUUGGGGUGUUUGGCUUGCGUUUCUGCCCCGGGCCUCGGGGCAGAAAUAGGGCAGCCCGGCUUGACGCGUUUGCAAAGGCGGACGCGCAGCCGCCAUCGAAGAGGCGCUACCCGAUAAUCGGCGAGGGCGCCGAGCAAUCAACUGGCCAAAAUUUGAAAAGAUGGGCGAAAAGGUGGAAAUUUUAGGGCCUUCAUAAAACCUACGCCUUCGUCAACUUCAUCAACGAGGACGUCGCCCGCUCGUUUUUGCUGCGCGCCGCCAAGGGCGAGCUGGCGGCGAAAACCUUCCGCCGGGUGAAAAUUGCGGCCAAGCAGGGGUUCGCGCGACAGCUGCAGAACUGGGUGAAUCUAGAUACAGAAAAGGAUACGGGAAAAUUGAAAACCUACGAGGACGACCAAGGGAAGGUCAGGACACGGACCACGGGCAGACAAGUGGCCGGUUCGCAGAGUAUAAGUUGUGUAGUUGUUGUGUUGUUGACCACUGAAUUUCUUAAUGAUUGAAGAUAAAGUUAUGCUCUUGAAGAUAUUUUUGUCUACGAGUACGACCUCCAUCGAUCUCCAACUCCAAGUUCAAGAAGUGUCUGUUCUUUCCACUGCAACUUUGUGAUAUUCGGCGGCGAUCGUAGGUUUGUGGAUCGUUAACAUCUACGAAAUGAAGAUUUUUGAAAGGAUAAGGAGUGGCAGAAGAUCGCAUCAUCUUCACCGGCAAAGCACGAAGAUUCUCGUCGCGCUACUCUAACUCUUCACCUUUACAACCUGCAAGUAGUCCUCUAUUGCAUGCGUAUUUGUAAAAUGAAAAAAACUAUACAGUUCUUGGAAUUUCCCGCACGGCGCGCAUCCACAAUAGCCACUUCGUACCCUUGAUUUUCAAGCGGUCUCCACAGAGCGAGCCGGCAAUGGCCUCGCAGGUGUCGUCGAGGAUGCCUUCUAGUACGGACGCCGGAAUAUUAAAUCAAGGUGAACAUCAAGGUCCUGCUCUGCGCAUGCGCACCCCCUACGUGAGCCACGCGUUCCGAUUGACCCCUGAUUUUCCGAAAAACUUGCUGGCAGUGGCGCUGGACGUGGAAGGGCCGUACUUGCGCGAGCACGACGUGCGAAAGAACCGCGUCCCGGUUUAUCGUGCGGAAAAAUCCCCCCUCCCCAUAUUGAGAAGGUAUAUUUUCGAAAAUUUGCGUUGCUGAUUUGAGGUCGCAAAUCACACUUGUCUUGCAAGAAGAGAAGGGCAGAAGCUGCCGCCCCAUUAUGGAAGCGGCUUGCCAUGCUGUUGGGCCUAAAGGGCAGCCGUUUGCCAUGCUGAACAACUAGACCCAUACGCCCCACCUAGCCUGGGGCUCUGGCCGCAGUGUCUCUCUGGAAUACAAAGCUGAUUUGUGUACACAAGUCCAGCAUCAGAAAUUCCUUUUUGAUAUGGGGAGGGGGGAUCUUUCCUCACAAUACGGUUCCGGACGGGUACAGUUCGCGGGCGUGGCGCAGCCUCGGCUGGAUCGUAGAGCAGUGGUAUUACAAUGAAAAAUGCCCCCACCCCCAAACUUGAAAGCAUUUGUAUUGCAAACCUUUCCAAAUGAAACAUUCGCCCUCUUGCAUGUAUCAGUACACAGAUUUCCGAUCGUGAAUAGCAAAAAUUUGUAUUGCAAAAGAUCCCAGCAAGAGCGGUGCUUGUCAUGUAAGCGAUGCGAAACACGACUACAAUCUGCAUCAGAAAGAUUCAUACUCCUUUCAUGCAUGACAAAAAGUUUUCAUUUGGAAACUUCGCAUCACAAAUUUUUGCAACUUUGGGGUGGGGGGCACUUUUCACUGUAAUAAGUGGCGCCGCGGGUGGGUGUACGCGGACGAGCGGCAGAGGUCGUUGUGCGCUGAGUACCGACUGAGCCCCUUCGCCUAUCUUGCGUGGAAACGCCUCCGGGCCACGCGAGGGAUGUACCACGUGCCGUUUCUGCCACUGUUGCCGGAUGUUCUGCCGCAGCCUCACGGCACGACUGGUGAAGAAGAUGAACAACGUCAGGGUCGUGAUGCUUUCUCGUCGAGUGCUGUGCACUUUGUCAGCAAGGGCGUGCGAUUUACAGAGGAAACCGCAACGGCCUUGUUAACCGCCCUCGUGAAGCCAGAGAACCUCGCAAAAGUCCGAUUUCCCUUCCCGAAGCAGGCCAACAGAAACCUGUGGCAGAGGAUUCAAGCCGGAGAAGACGGGAAGAGCGCACUUUCAGGUACGGAGUGUAUUAGGAUCUACAACAGUACUUGCUAUGUAUAAAGUAGAAUGAUAAAUUGGAUUUUUACUCUCGGUUGUUGAUAAGGUUGAGAUGCAGGUCAUUUUUCAUCCUGUAAUAGUGAAUGACGGCAUCCAAUACAAAUUCUAAUUCUCAUCUUCUUCUUCCUUCAAGUUGUACAUAGAUGAUCAUGAUGUGUUUCUCUACUUAGCGUUAGCAAUCUUUCAAGCCGUGCAACCUUUUCCUUCAGGUGUUAAUUGUACUCCUGAAGACCACGAGCAACAAGAUGCAAAUGCGGCUAGACCAAGAAGUAGACCAUUGGAGCAGCAGCCGCAGCCUGAAUUCAAGCCGUUUGAACCGAGCGAGACAUACAAGAAGUUUUUGGCGCAACACGGGCAUCAUGAUGCAGCAACCGGCUACGCACCUGUCCUGGAUGCUAUGAUGAAGGACACAGUCUUUUUGGAGUCAAUGAAUCGCACCGUUGGGGCGGAAGCAUCCUGGUUUCGAGAAUUCUGCAGCCAACAAGGGCAAGAACCAGCUGCGUCUUCUGAAAGAACAAGAAAAAGUGGCACAACAUCCAGAAAUUCGGCCGGACGAUCUUCUGGGUCUGGCGCAGCACCACGUAUGCCUGCUGCAUCCGCCAGCUCCGCCUCGGCCGCGGCCGCACCACAAUCGAAAAAAGCCCCUAGAAAUUAUGCCACCGCUGCAUCAGCACAUGGUGCGUGUGGACCAGACGCGAAGGAAAAGAACGAAAAUACGCGCCACAAAAGUAGCGGGACGGGCAAGGACGCGGCCACUGCGAGCAGUAGUAGAACUGCGGGUGUUGAAAAUAAAAGUCGUAAGCCGAUGUUGAACAGGAACCUGGAACACAAGAACAGUGCUGCUGUUGAUCGUCAGCAGGACGGGAAGCAGGGACGAUCACAACCCUCCACUGAAGAUGUGCCGACGUACGUUGAAGGCUGGGACCACGUGGCCGCCCCUUUUCCCUCCGAUGGAAAGGUGCAUAAUUUGCCACGGCGCGGCAGCUCCGACUCCAUGGCGAGCACCAACACCGGCGGACUAGCGUCGAUUGUCACUACGCCCGUACUCGGGCCAGCUGCUCCAGGUACGUGGUAGAGUUAUUUUAAUUUCAAUUGGAAAUGGAAAGUACAAUUAAGUACAACUAGCACUAGUACUAGUAGCUUCAAUGACUUGUUUUCCCCAUCGAUCGUCCCCGUUGUUCAUUAUAUGCAUUUGGUUUAUUCCGUUUCCGUCGAAAUAGAGUUGCUUCGUGUCUGUCCUCUAAUCCCCAAUAAGUGUUGUAGUUGAGUUGUUGAGGGCGUGCACUAAUUAAUACCUUAAAAAAUUUUUUUCUUUUCAGGGAGCGGAAGAAGGGAUCUGGAUCAUGCGACAGGGAACACGAGCACGAGCGACUCGUCUAGUGAUACAGAAACUGCUUCUGAACAAGUAGAUGGCCAGUUGGAGCACAUCGAAAUCCCGCAGCAGCACGAGUUGUACGUCGACCAACGGCUCAACAGCCAAGGUCGAGGUGAACGUGAACAACGAACCGGCACCGCAACUAGCGAAGUUGCUUCCGGUAGAGGGUCCGAGCGACCAACAGCCGCCGAUGUGCUGCCGUGUCUUGGACGACAACCACUCGCCCAACGGAGUUUUACCUACCCCUGUGGUGGAGCAAGUUCCGCACCUGCUGCAGAAGGUCAACGUGGAGAGGGAUCCCCGAGGAUGAGGACGACGAGCAACGAUGAAGAACUGAAGCAGCGGGACGACAAAGAACCGCAACACGAACACCAGGAGGAGCAUAGUGGGAUCAUGAGCCCACAGGCGUUCGUGAGAAACACUUUCCUAACCGUUGGAAAUCCACACGCAGCAACACCGCUGGCCGCAACAAGUGCGAGAAGGGGCGCGGGAAACCGCUCGGCCACGGUACCACCGCACGGACCAUAA